CAAUUUUACACAUAUACACGUUGAUUGGGGGAAGUAUUUUUUGAUGCCUAGACAAUAAAUCUUGAAGAAAUUUCUGAGCAUUAAUUUCCCCCAUUUCUUGAAAAUUUGUUUGUUCAAUUACCUUAAAAUUUAAUAAUGUCAAUAUUUCGUAAUGCCCAAAAUUACAUCGCUGAUAAAACACAUGGCUGAAAUAGCCUCCAAAACCUGCCCUUUCUCCAACAUUUUAUUACAACUUGGACAGGUAAUUAAUUGUGUUUCAGAAUUCUUAUAUUCUGAUUUUCCAAAAAUGCAAAGAGAAUAUUCACAAUUUGGGCAUAACAUUGAAGAUAGUAUCUGUUCUGAUUCGUCCAGACAACGAGAGCAUUCACAGGUGAAAUACCAUGUGUCUGUAUUUUUUUGUGUUUUUCUUGUGUUUCUUGUGUAUUUUCUUUUAUUUUUCGUAUUUUUGUGUUUUUUUUGUAUUUCUUGUAUUUGUUGUAUUUUUUGUGUUUUCUGUUUUUGUAUUUUUCUUUAUAUUUCUGUAUUUUCUUGUAUUUUUUUUGUAUUUUUUGUGUAUACCUUUAAGUAA